GUUUGUUGGUCGUCAUCUUGUAAAGACGCGAUCUUUACUUGAGCAGAGCAGGGCUGAAAAAAUAGCAAAAUGGCAGCCGCCGAAUCGGUUUCCAUUGGAGAAGGACUUGCAUAUAACUACUAUACAGGUUAUCUAAACCUGGUACUACCAAGCCUAUCUGAGAGGAUCGAUAAUAGCGAAAGUGGUAAAUAUGUAAAGAAAAAGAAGCUACUUCUUUUAAUACCUACCAACGCAGAAAUGCCGCCGAAACUGCAGGAGGUGGUAGCUAGCAUCAGCUAUGUUGGCGCACUUACACCAUUUGUCGUGGAAAGGGCUGGCUUUCAGAGAAAGUACCCUAACCAUGUCUACAGCAUAAAACACAACGAAAAAGAGCUGAGUUUCGUCGCAGACAUGCCCGCAAACAUGCUGACUCUGAGAGAUAUGGUAGCUGAUGCCAAGCUGACUGGCUUCACCGAGGAGGAUAAACUACAGGAGGUGCAGAAAUACGUGGCUUUCCUUCGUAAAACUCUGGAAAAGCGCCCGCACCUGUCGGAGGCAUGCGAAAUAAUUGUGUUUAACGAUUCACGUGAGGCUGAAGAGUUGAUUGCAGCAGCAGCUUCUCGUGCUUAAAAAGGCUCACAAUGCGCAUCACUAAGCCGUAAUUUCUCCAG